CCUGAUUCAUUGAAAAAACAAAAUUGAAAAUAAAAGACAGUACUAAAUAAAGAUGACUGACAUACCAGGAGUACAGAAUCUGCAGCAAAGAAGAAAAACUCCUUUAGAAAACCCCCCAUCAGGAGUAGCAGACACAGGAGGUUCAACAACAGACCCUAUUACCCAGAAGCCCCUUCCACCCUGGUUCAAGGAACAGCCAUUCCAGUAUAACGCCAGAGUCAUCGUACCUUUCUUACCAUGUUUUUGUAUUGUCCUGGCACUAGCUGGUGAAUUAUUACUCACAAUGAUAGUUGUUGGAGCCCUUGUUUUACAUAUUCUGGAUAAUAUGGAGGAAAAGUCCAAAGCAAUAGCGUUUUUUGUGGUCCUUCUCAUGUGCUGUCAAAUGACUGUAAUGUACUCUGCGGCACCCCUAAUAUGGUCAUCUCUCUUCAAUGUGCUGCUCAUCGUGCUACUAAAUAUGUUCACUGUGCUUACUGGAGGCUGGGCACUCAUACAAUUCCCAGCAUUCAUCAGACAGGAACCUAUGGUUGUCAAGGUGGUCGAACUGAUGUUAUUUGCUGUUUACCCAUUUGGUUGCACAUUACUGUUGUCCUGGGCAACCGCAUCUGUGAUUAUGGUAGAAGCAGCUCCUUACUGUAUUAUCAUAUAUGGAUUUGUUCUACUCCAAUUAUUUAUGACACCAACAAUAUCUUCAUUCUGCAAGACAGAUUCCCAGAAUGCAGAGACAACGCUCAUACUUGACCCAAUGAUAGUUGGGAUACUGAGUCUAGUGUACGCUACCAUGCCGACAAUGGUAUAUGUGGUGAUCACCUUAAUAUUGGAUUUCAGAACCCUCUUUUAUGCAUCAACAAUAAUUCAUGGCCUGUUCAUUGCUGGCCUAAGUGUGUUCCUAUCCUCACUGUUACAUAUAAAGUCCUUCCUGGAGGCAUCAGGUAUUGAAGAAAAAUACAUUAAAUACAUACGUUGGUGUGCUGCCGUGGUUUGUCUCAGUUUGUUAGGACCUGUGCUUCUAUACCAGGGGACCCCUUCAGAAGUGCUACACCUAAUGCCUCUAGCCGCAGCCUUACAUACUAUAUAUGGUUACGUUGCUGGCAGAAAAAAUAAUGAUAUUCCACUGGUUGUUAUGGUGGUUGUCAUGACAAUAUUUUACAUUUACUUGUUUUCCAUAUUGCCAUGGCAACUCAAUCAGUAUUUGAAUGACAACGUGGGAGGUGUUCAAUACAUACAUAUGGUAAUGUGUAUAAGUGUUCUACUUUGUGUAUUAGCUGUCAUCGUUGCCGUAGUUGCGGAGCCAGAGUUGUUUGGAAUCGUCAUCACCUUUCAGUCAUUUUCAAUGGUUAUGUGUGAGAAGUUCUUAUUAGCUGCAGGGGUGUAUUCCCCAACACUUCUAACAAUAAUACUGGUGUUUGCAGCAUACUUCCUUAUAAGACUAUUUCACGCCAAUAAGAUUUACGAGAAAGAUGCACUGAUGUCUCUCUCCCUCCAUCUUACAAAGGUUCCUGACAUCAUCGAUGCCGUCGUUGACAAUAAAGAUGUCUCCACUGCAUCGUUUACCUAUCGUUUAUUUUCCACAUUGAUCUUAGCUGCAAUUGUGAGUCGUGUGGUUGUCUUUGAAAACAGAGAUGUUAUACCAAACAUACAGGCAUUGAUGUACUUUGUUGCGCUAGGGGUGUCCAUUAUGUUUAACACAUUCUCUAUCCUUCCUGAGAUUUGGUGGUUCGUCAUGCGUGACUUUCCUAGCCUCAUUGAUGUUAUAGCCCUUGGCUUCACCAUCUGGGGCUUGCUAUUUCUUAAGCUUUCCUACUGCCAUGUGAUACCAGGAAAUGACACUAAACAACUAAGCCCGAUGUUGCUAUGCUAUGGGGUCCUCAUGAUGCUCAUUCAUCCUCCUUUGGAAUACACAUGGGAAGCAACCCAAAAAUGGCUGAUUUUAUUGAGCAUCACAAUCAGUCUCCCAACCCUGCCAAUUAUACGCACGAUACGCCAUCCAUUGCCCUUAUUUGGUCUCACAGCAGUCGCUGGGUUCCCUGUUGGAUUCUUUGUCACUGAUAUUAUUUAUUCUCUGCUAAAAGAUGGCAGUGGUGUUGGUGUGUUGGCAAACAUGUUCAUAGGAUUAAAUCUCACCACAGUGUUUUUCCUGACAGCAUCUCUGUAUCAGAUAGACCACAUUACAACAGUCCUUCGCAAACGCUUGUAUUUUAUAUUGACCACUCUCGGCAUAUGCAGUGUAGUUCUCUUCAUCCAUGAUGCGACGUUCCUAGAUUUGAGGACGGAGCAUGGUAGCCUCAAAAUGGAGUUCAUCGAUAUUCCUGCCAGUAAAAUGGCGUUGUUAAACACAUUGGUGGCAGCUGCGGGAUUGAAAUUGUUUUCGAUUAAAAAUAAGCCUUCUAAUCUUCCCAAAACAGCGGGUGGUGUACCUUAUAUAGACAGGAAGUUACCAUUGCUAGGCAACGCUUGUGCAGUAAUAGCGUAUUUGCUGGCAUGCCAGGCAUGUCCCAUACAACAGUGGGAAUUCUGGUAUUGUGGAUGUACCCUCUUGUUGCUCCUUCUACAGAAAGACCACUAUUUAUUACACAUCCUGUCACCUAGCAACCAGGCAGCACCAGCUGUUUCCAUGACAACACUAAUGCUCCUUUUCACAACAUUGAUUUCAAAUCAAUUAUGGACUACAGAAAGUGGGUAUACAAUGUUUAGAGGCAUUGUGGAGAUAAUAAUCGAAAUAAUUGCUUUACCUAAUUUAUUAACGUUUCUCUAUCUCUUUUGGAAAGAUAGCACAAACACUUUAGAUGGGCUCGAGCAAAUAGCUGUGUUUACGAUGCCGUUAAAUGGGUUGCUAUUCCUGUUUGGGACAUCUUAUAAUAGCUGGGUGUUAGCUGGAAUCAGUCUUGUUUGUGGAAUAUGGACAACAAUGAUAAGGAUACCACAUUUACGCAAUACCAUCUAAGUCUGUUAAUCAAGACUUGAGAAUUUGAAGUAAUCCGAAAUAGCUAACAUCUUUAAACAUUUUGGAGCUAGCAGGAAUUAGUCUUGUUUGUGGAAUAUGGACAACUAUGAUAAGGAUACCAUAUUUACGUAAUACAGUCUAAAACUAAUAGUCCAGAGAAGUUG